CAGGAAAGAUUCGAGAUUGUUUGAUCAGAGGUCAGCUAUCUCCGAGAUACCACAUAGAUCGAGGCUUUUCUUAUUCGAUCAAGCGUCAGUUGGCUCUGAGAGUCCGGAGAGGAGAUUCUCGUCUGUGGCAGCAGCAGCAGAUGAAAAGUUUUUCUUUACUGAUAGUCCAGACAGGAAAGCAGUAUCAACACCGAUAGUCGAUAGGUCACCACGCGUCGACACAUUGGAGAAAAAGAUCGUCUCAUCUAUGAGCAAGAAAUUUUUGGACUACCAGGAAAAGGCAAUGUCUCCAAAAGCAGGUGACAAAAAACCUUCAUCCAACAUAGCAGCUGUGCAAAAUUUACUAUCUCCUCGGACUUUAGAGAAGACAACAUCAGCUGAGCAAAAUUUAGAAUCUCCUCGGACGUUAGAGAAGACAAAAUCAGCUGAACAAAAUUUAGUAUCUCCUCGGACUUUAGAGAAGACAAAAUCAGCUGAGCAAAAUUUAGCAUCUCCACGAACUACAGAGACGAUAAAAUCAGCUGAACAAAAUUUAGAAUCUCCUAGUACUUCAGAGAAGAUGAAACCAGCAGACCAAAAUUUAGUAUCUCCUCCGACUUCAGAGAAGAAAAUUGUAUCUUAUGAUCAGAAACUGACUAGUUCUGAGGCUAGAGAAAAGAAACAUGCAUCGGACAAUCAGAAACAGAUCAGUUCCGAGGCUCCUGAGAAGAAACAUUCAUCUGAUGAACAGAAAUUACGACGUUCGAAGAGUACUCCAGAAAAGACGAAGUCAUUAGCUGCCAAUGAGAAGCCACUUCGUGGCGAGCAAGUGCAAAGGAAAAGUUUGAGGACUAGGAGAAUAACAAACCAGAAGUUAACCAAGAAUGUAGAGAAGGUAGUUCCUGAAGCUAAUCAAAUUUCAAUAUCAUCAGAGAAUCACGAGACAAAUGCAUCCAAGCCCAGCAAUAAAAAAAUAGCAGUCAAGAAAGAUUCAUCGCGCAGAAAAGUGCAGGACAUGAAGACUAGCACUAUACCAGAUAAACUGAUUGAUGACUCACCAAGAUCUUCACCAGCUAGAGUUAAUAGAAUACAUUCAUCAUCGCCAAUGUCCUCUCCAACACGAACCCCAAAGACAUAUUCAAGAUCACCAGCAAUCGCCUCGAAGGGAUACGGAUAUCAUUCCCCGAGUUCAUCACCAUUAAAUCCAUGUACGCGAUGUUCAAGAGUAAACCGAGAGUGCCAACCUUCAGGUAUGAGCCCACAUAUACAGAGGGGAAAAGCUCAUAUCUCUCAUUCAGAGAUAGCUUAGCUCUUCAUCAUCUGUCUUCCGAUGCAUGCUUAUACAGUCAAACCUCUAUAACAUCAUUUGUCCCAAUAUUUUUUGGCUACUAUCAAAAUGUUGUUAUAGAGAACAUAUUAUAUAAUAUGACUGUUAUAGUGGAAUAUUGUUAUAGAGGAUGGUUGUUAUAAAGAGGUCUGACUGUACAACAAUAUUUGCACUGAUGAAGAUCAACGGGCCGGGCCUGUUGGAAGAGAACCCGAUGAGACAUGUAGUACUCCCAGGUUAGAGCUAGAAAAGCUCCCCAGCUUUUCAUGGGGACCUUUGUAACAAGAGAAAUAUGAACUAUUCUAUAUAUACAGUUUUCCACUUUCUGAGAUAGCUAACAAUUUUACGUUUAUAUUGUAUCCGUAUGUUUGUCAAGCUUUCUGCUUCUAAGGCGACAAAUUUCACAUUAUCUUCUACGACUUUCUCAAUCUCACGGUUCUUGUAAUACUCUUCACAUUGAACAAAUUUGGCAUUUCUGAUUUACAUGA